CUGUAAGCCAAACAGAGUCGGUGUUGUUAUGCUGAGUGUGCAUGCCUUCGCCUCGCCGCUGACAAGCUGGCCGCAGCUAGCUCCAUGGGUUAGCAUACCUAGCUUCUCGCAGCUACCCUCGUCAAGUUAGUCUGAUUUAUGACAGAACUGGUUUUCAAACUAAGAGGGUCCGCGUCACUCAAGCGCCUAGCGCGCAUGUUCUCACUAGUCAAGGGGUUUAUUUUGAAAGCUUGUACCGGAAAUGCUUGUGUAGUCAGUGAGAGCUGACGACGGUGAGGCUUCUACAAUGCUGAGAUGGCAGCUAAUCUUUUGUACACACUCGUGAGCCGCGAAUAAAACAUGUCAUUCAGAUUUUGGGUUUGAUGCGGCGCUGUGGCCAGCAGUUUGGCGCGUGGACGGUGAUCUCCCCGAUUGAGGAAUCGCUCGCGGUGCUGCAUUUGCCAGAUUUAUAGUAGGAAGGCUGAGCACGGGGAUUUCCUCGCUUGUUUUGUAGGCGGGGAGUUGUUUGCCACUUUCGCAAGCGGGCGUUGAGGGGCUGGGGACAAGAGUCGUGGAAUGUCGAAACUGUGUAAACUGGGCUGCUUUGGUGACAAAUAGUUUGCCCGGGCGUCUCGUGUCCACUGUAUCGCGGCGCUCCUUCGUGGUUUGUCAACUCAUGCGCUUCUUGCUGUUCAAACCUGCUGCUUCAUCACCUCGUUGUGAAAAGGAGCGAGAGCAAGCCGAGGCAGCGGUUUAGCGAGAUCAGACCAACCAGCAGGACAGGUGGACGCGGCUCUCGUGGCAUGACUACCACAAACAAGGGAAACAAGGCCUUGAAGGUGAAGCGGGAGCCAGGGGAAAAUGGCACCAGCCUGACAGACGACGAGCUGGUGACCAUGUCGGUGCGGGAGCUAAACCAGCAUCUACGGGGUCUGUCAAAGGAGGAAAUCCUGCAGCUGAAACAGCGGCGGCGUACCCUUAAGAACCGGGGCUACGCCGCCAGCUGCCGGGUGAAGCGUGUCACCCAGAAAGAGGAGCUGGAGAAGCAGAAGGCUCAGCUGCAGCAGGAGGUGGACAAGCUGGCCACUGAGAAUGCCAGCAUGAAGGUGGAGCUGGACGCUCUGCGAUCAAAGUACGAGGCCCUGCAGAGCUUUGCCAGGACUGUGGCCCGCAACCCCGUCACCUCAGCCAGGGGACCUAUGGCCUCCGUCAUAGGGCCCCUCAUCCCUGGUAAAGUAGCCGCCACCAGCGUCAUCACCAUCGUCAAAUCCAAAACGGAGGCUAGGUCGUAGUAGCAGAAAAGGGCGGGAGGAAGAUUUUCAAGACUAAACUAGUCAGUGCAUUGUAACAUGGCACAGGAAUAACCUGUGUAAGUUCUCAGUUUUACUCCUUGGCACUAACACUAACAAUAUGCUUCCCAACAUUGCUCUUAAAGUACGACUCAGCAGUCUACACUUGUCAACAGACAUGUUGUGCUUUAGGGUGACACAAUCAAAUUGUUCAUUGAAGGCUAUCACAAUUGGUUAUUAAAGAAAGGUAUUGGCAAUACUGAAACAUUUCAUUUAAAAAACGAACUGUGGCUACAAAUAUUCAAGAACGCAAUAUUGGGCAAAAUUCAGACUGUUAAUAGCUUGUUGGUUUUUGAUGAGGUACUGUAUGUGAUGUGGCUGUUUACUUUAAGACUGAGCUCUUAAGACUUUUCCGUCCUAAGAAUUGGAAUUUGUAGAGCCUCACAACAUCACAGCUAGUAAAAUAAUAAAAAAAAAGACAUCACUCCUGGCCUCUUACCCAACACAACUUGACAAGAGAGCCAGAACAAAAACCCUUCUGCUUGUUAUUAUGCACUGACUUAAAUUGAUAAAUCAUAAAUGGUCACAAACUUGUGGUGUUGAUGCUACAGAUGUCUUCAAAACAGCCUGACUAACCCAAAACUAGUAAAAUUAGUUCAAUUUGUGAUUUUGUUGGUCGCCUGUCAAGAACAUAAGCAUGAAAUAAUGCUCCAAAUCUAGCAUUCAUUUCUGUUUAUCUGUGACAGGCUUUGAUGAACUUGUCAUUAUCAAUAUGACUGGUAGAUGCAAUAAUAUAUGUAUGCACUGAAAAUACAAAGAGGUCUUGCAUAUUUAUGGUUUAAGUGGAAACGUUCAAAAUGAUCAGCAGCUCUUAAUGAUCUUGUUUCAGAGCUGAAUGCCAUUCCAAUAUGACAAGAUUCUUCUACAAUAUCUGAAAAUCUGAAUGUUAUUACAGAAAUAUCCUCAUGUUUUGUGGGGGACAGUGAAAUCCACAAACAUUUUGAAACAUAAUUUUUGCUCAUAGAGAAAAUAUGUUCGAGUUGUUUUGUUUUAAAAGAUAUAUAUUGCAUUUUUUGUAAUUACUUGUUGACAGGGCCGUCAGAUAUUUCCAAAAAAAGAAAAAAAAUCUUUACACAAGCUUUACUGUUUGAAUUGUUAAGGUGUAGAAAACUUUGUCUAAUGUUGGGUUCUUGAUUUUUAUUACUAGGUAGAUUACCUUCCAUUGUUUAUAGAAAUACAGAAAAGGAAAACUUAAAAAAAAAAAAUCCUGUGACAUCUUUUUUGCAAUUGUACCGAAAGUGGCUUACUAUUGAAGUCUGAUAGCUUUUUCUAGUGACUAGGCGCGUACUGUGGGGUAGCGCGUGAUGUGAUGUGUAAGUGACAAGUUGGCAGUGUCGUUCACUGUAUAGAUGUCAAUGCUGUGCUAUUUAAAACAAAUCUGUAGAGCUAAACUAGGUGGUGUAAACAAGGUCAAUUGUCUUUGUGCGUAUUGGCAUCUGUGAUAUCCUCUGCUUCCUUGGUGUUAGUUACAAAUCAUAUUGUCAUUAAGAGUUUACCACGUUGAACCCGUGUAAGACAGAAUUGGGCGAAAUGGCAUUAGCGGACAUGAAUUCAAAGACUUUAACGCGAAGCUUAAAGUGAUACUGUCAUUACAGAAUCUGAAUAAUGGUUGCACCUGGUGCUGGAUGCCCUCUAAAUACAUCCUCUGCAACCUGAAAGCAAAUGACUCCAUUAAUGGACCGAUUUCAUUAUUGUAUUCACUUCAGUCACUUAAUUGGUCUGAAUUAGAUUGCAGUAAUAGAUGAAUAACCCCUCAAAUCUAGCUCUUCACAUACUAAAAGAAAUGUGAAGUCAGCAACCAGUUGACCUGUAGAUGGUUUUUUUUUUUUUUUUUUUUUUUUUCUCCCCCAAAAUCUUGAGAACAAACCUCGCAGUUUCUCAAGACUAUAAUAGUAAGAUUGCAUCAAUGAAUUUAAAGGAUAACCGCCAAAUGGCGCAGCAUCGCUUGUGUAAAUUUACCCACUGGUCUUCAGAUUGUCAGAUUAAAAGUGGUAGAGUUUGGCUGAGGGUUUGUAUGCACUAAGCUCCUGCUUGUUUUGCUCAGGACAAAACAGGUCACUCUAAAAAUGAACAAACCAUUCUAGAUGAGAAGCAGGGAAGCAGGGAUGGCAGCUCUGUUCAUUUUUUUCCUUUCCUUUCCUUUUCUUUUUUCUUUUUCUAAUAAGCAUGUCAUAAAGGGCUUCAAUCCACACUCAGAAAGACACACAGCACGACCACGUAGAAUUACAAUCAACAACAGCUGCCAGCAGCGCUCCUUCUGUGCCAAGUGUCACAUCGCUCUCCUAGUCCUCUAAAAGGAAUUUAACAGUGAAGCAGUUUUACACCUCAAGGUGAAAGUAGUUGUGUAAUGACAUUAACAGAAUGCACUUCAUCCAGAUCUCACUCUCGCUCCUGCCGGUCAGAACGUCUCCCAGUGGUCGGCGAGGUGUUAUAAUCUACGGCCACUCUCAAAAACUACACCUCAGCAAAACUCCCCAUAUCCAGAGACCUGGGUGCUGGUUAUACCGUCUGUAUCUGCGCAAGUAUCCUAUCCUCACUCUGUCAACAUGCUUAGCUAUAUUUACAUUGACUGGUUAACUGUGGGAAAAAUAUAUACCUGACUCUCGACAUAGCCCAGUAUUGAUGUUGGCGUCCUUAUUGCUGUGGCAGUCUUGUGGAGUGAAUCUUUUUUCGUGUCAAGUGUCUUUAAGGUGCUCAAGUGGCACCGUCGACCAAGCUCUCAAUCUCCGCUAGAGAUGACGACUCUCUUUCUCACACAUACAGGUGUAUAGUAUGUAGCUACAGUAGGUAUUGAUGACCAUUGUGAAAAAGUGACCCUUAAUAUGCAACUCAGUGGAAAGGUGUGAAAGAGUAGAUGUAAGAGUAAUCAAUAUUGUCAAAGUGACUAUGGUCUGUUAUUUAAUAAUCCUUGCUGUUUUGUAGUUUUUUUGUUCGUUUGUUUGUAAAAUGUGUUUUUAUUUUGCCCUCAGACUUUUCAUCCCUAAAUGGAGGAGCAGUUGGCCCUUGCUAACAUGUUAAAUCUGUAAUAGUGUGUUGUUUUUUUUUAAGGAAGAAUGGGACAGUUGCACUCAAGCCUUACUCCCUAAUUACUCUGGUCUUAAAUUAGCUGAACUGCAGAUCCAUAAAUUGGACUUGGAUAUCUCGGAUAUUGCUAUAAUAUAGAUACAGUAUGUCAGGUUUUGUGCACUGAGCUAAGUGGAUGCUACAGUAGAUUUUGUCACAAGGGCCACUUGCAAUAUCUUUUUUUUUCCUUUGGUAUGUGUGGGUGUAAGUAUGUGUGUGUGUGUUUGUGUACGAUCGAGGUUCCUCUGCUGCUACACCAGUCAUUAAUGCUCGUUGUUUGCUGUAGCACCAUCCACAGCAUUUUCUGUUCUCAUUACAUGUUGAGUGUGUAUUUGGAAUUGAUCUUAACACUGUAAUUUGUUCUGCAGAUUUAAUUUUUAAUUGGUUAUGGCUAUGUUUUUUUUUUUUUCUUGUUUGUGUUUUUUUGUUGUUGUUUGUUUUGUUUUUUUACAAGCGACAUGUUAGAGAGGAUAAAUAACAGCACUUGUGUGGCAGUUUGAAUUUAAUAGCUCUCAAGACAUUGGCUUUUUUCAUGAAAUUAUGCUUUGUAAACAGUUGACUGUGCAGGUUUUUUCCUCUUACUCCAUGGAGUGGGUCUGUGUUUCAAAGGUAUAAAAAUCUGACUAAAGCGAGUAAUACAAAGUUAAUCUGUUUUGUUAUUUUUCUGUAUGGGUUGUAAUAAAAUAUUGCAGUACUUUGUAUGAAAACAGACAAUAGUUAAUUGUAACUAUUUAUAAAUUAAAUUAUUGUACUUUUUGCAAUCUGUAGAUAAGUACUAUGUAUUCAUAUAUACAGUAACAACUGUGGAUUUAAACGUGAUUCUCUGAGGUGUCUAAGUUAUUGAUGUAUAUAUUGUAUGUUUGUUGAUACAGCUUACUUUAUUUUCUAUAAGACCAAUAAAAUGUUUUGAAAAAGGA